AAUGAAGAGGAGAUUGUGGUGGAAUGUCGUGUCCGCUUCUUGUCCUUCAUGGGCGUGGGAAAAGACAUACAUACCUUCGCCUUCAUUAUGGAUGCGGGAAACCAGCAUUUCGAGUGUCACGUCUUCUGGUGCGAACCCAACGCUGGCAACGUCUCUGAGGCCGUUCAGGCGGCUUGUAUGCUGCGGUAUCAGAAGUGUUUGGUCGCCCGGCCUCUUUCUCAGAAAGUCCGCCCUCCUCCUCCUCCAGCAGACUCCAUGACAAGACGGGUCACCACCAACGUGAAACGCGGGGUCCUGUCCCUGAUUGACACUUUGAAACAGAAGCGUCCUGUGACUGACAUGCCAUGACGGACCUGCGGGUUCACCCAGCCCGGGCGUUUCCCCCGAAACGUCACGCGAAACGAAACAGCAGCUGCGUUUUAAGAGAAAGAAGGUUGGAUGAAGGCCUUCCUUCCGUUGGAAAUCUUCACUUUCAGAAAAGUUACGGGAAAAUAAUAUUAGACAAGCAUGUUCUCACUCUUGCCGCCACCAAGUAAAUAUUGAAAAGAAGCAUGAUCUUUUUUUUUUAAUGUUCAUUUUAUUUUUAUUUUUAUUUUUGCUCCGUGUGAGAUAGCCGAGAAAUGGAAGGCCUACUUUCUGAUUGUAAAUAGGACGGACGUGACUUCGAUUCACACACCCUGAAGGCGUGGGUUGCAUCAGAUGAUCAAACCCAACCCAAGGAUUCCCAUCGCCCCUGAGCACUUUCCCUCUUUUUUUAACAGUGAAUUACACAACUAAGUAUUAGUUAACUCUUGUAUUAUUAUACUACUAAUACCGAGCUUCUUAUUUUUUACAAAAGAGCAUUCGUGAUUAACCUCCCAUCUUGUGCGCCGUAGUCAUCACGUCACCUCGGAGGUGCCAGCCAGGUGUCCUGCCGUGGCGAGAGACCCGUCCACGCAGGAAGGAUUGUGCCAGCCAGAUGACAACACCUUGUGGCAACCCCGUUGCAUGCAUAGGUCACACCGCACAUCCGAGUGUCGCAACAUCUGUCCUUCAUUUGUCUCUUUCUAACACAAAUGUACGUACAGUGGAGAAGACGGACGUGUACCAUAAAAAAAUCUCUUCUCUGUAG